AUGCACUCGGAGCAACCGUUGCCGGCGGAGGAUGGAAGCCCCAGUGUCGGCUUUCAAUUGUGGGUCGAUUUACCCAGGCAUUUGAAGAUGUGCGAGCCAAGAUACCGCGAUUUACACGCGGGUGAGAUUCCUCACGUCCAGCUCGACAAUGGCAGGGUGCACGUCAAAGUUAUCUCAGGCAAAUGCGGAGGGGUUGAUUCGGUCAAAGACCUUGCGUACACACCUGUCUGGUACUUGGAUAUCGAGAUCAACCCAGGUGGCAGUAUCUCCCAGCCCUUGCCCCAAGAUUGGAAUGCGUUCGCAUACGUGUUUGAGGGUUCUGCGUUAUUUGGAAGUCGGGAUUCAGGGCCAGUUGUCGCAAAAACCUUCAACGUAGUGAUUUUGGCCAGGGACGGGGAUAGCAUCGACAUCGAGGUCCCGGCGACUGCAGACGGCAAUGCGCGUUUGAUUCUGAUCGCGGGACAAGUUCUAGACCAGCCAAUUGUGCAACACGGGCCGUUCGUAAUGACCAGCCAGCAAGAGAUACACCAGGCGUUUGAGGAUUUCUAUAUGCAUAGGAACGGAUUCGAGAGGGCCAGGAAUUGGCGUAGCCAGAGAUCGAAGAAAGCAGCACGUAGAGAUCACAUUGUUUAA